AGCGCGCAUGUGCGCAGCGCGGCGCGCAGCCUGCGCCGCCCGGACCCCGCGCCCCGCGCCCCCGGCCGCCCGGCCCCGGCCCCCUCCCGGCCGUGGUCCCGCGGGUGCGGCAGAGAUGACAGACCCCUUCUGCGUUGGAGGAGGAGGCUGCCGGCUCCCAGGCUCCAGCAAGAGUGGAACUGGGAAGGACAGUGGGCGCUGUGAGCUCCACCUUCCUGUGCUAUCUGACCCACCCAAGCUGGGGAUGCCAGUGGUCCGGGGUGCGCAGACGGUGUCCAGCAGCCAGGCCCCACUCUGCUUCGAGCCAGGAAGUCCAGCUGGUGACAGGACAGAAGGGAAGAAAAAGGGGCGCCCAAAGGCUGAGAACCAGGCCCUCCGAGACAUUCCUCUCUCCCUGAUGAACCAGUGGAAAGAUGAAUUCAAGGCGCACUCAAGGGUGAAGUGUCCAAAUUCAGGGUGCUGGCUGGAGUUCCCCAGCAUCUACGGGCUCAAGUACCAUUACCAGCGGUGCCAAGGGGUAAGGGGCUGUGCAACGGGAAGGAGGAAGCCCACCCUGGCUUUCCGCUUGGGGUGUGUCUGGGCAGAGGCCCGGCUGGCCCACCCCACGCCCGCCUUCUCUACCCAGGGUGCCAUCUCUGAAAGGCUGACUUUCCCCUGCCCCUUCUGUGAGGCCGCGUUCACAUCCAAGACCCAGCUGGAGAAGCACCGAAUCUGGAACCACAUGGACCGGCCCCUGCCUGCGCCCAAGCCAGGCCCGAUCAGCCGGCCAGUGAGCAUCAGCCGGCCCGUAGGUGUCAGCAAGCCCAUCGGAGUGAGCAAGCCAGUCACUGUGGGCAAGCCCGUGGGCGUCAGUAAGCCCAUCGGCAUCAGCAAGCCUGUGACAGUCAGCCGUCCAGUGCCAGUCACCAAGCCCAUCACAGUCAGCAGGCCAGUGCCAGUUACCAAGUCAGUGACGGUCAACAAGCCUGUCCCAGUCAGCCGGCCCAUGCCAGUCACCAAGCCCAUCCCAGUCACCAAGUCGGUCCCGGUCACCAAGCCUGGGCCAGUCACCAAGCCAGUGACCAUCACCAAGCCAGUGCCAAUGGCCAAGCUCGUGACAGUCACCAAGCAUGUGCCAGUAACCAAGCCGGUGCCGGUCAGCAGGCCCAUCGUGGUCAGUAAGCCGGUGCCAGUCAGCAGACCCGUGGCCCUGAGCAGACAUGCAGCUCCCUGCAAGGUGAUGCUGCUCACCAAGGCUGAGAACAAGGCCCUCCGUGCAGCCAGCCGGAGCAGCGGGAAGAAAAGGGCUGCCGACAACCUGGAUGCCUGCCCCACCCCAUCCAAGCAGGCAAGGCCAGAGAAUGGGGACUAUAGCCCAUCUGCCACUGGCCCAAGUUCUGCCAUCCCACUGAGUGCAGACCCCAGCAGUGGCCCCCUUUCUCUGGGCAGCAGGUCUCUGGGAGGCAAGGAGACACCAAGGGCCAGUGGUCCUGUGUCCCCACCUGAGGAGGGCUCAGAGCGCAUAAAGCACAGAAGGAAACAGAAAACACCCAAGAAGUUUACUGGGGAGCAGCCGUCCAUCUCAGGAACCUUUGGACUCAAAGGCCUGGCCAAGGCAGAGGACAAGUCCCGCACCCACCGGGCCAAGAAGCAGGAGGGGCUCAGCCCUGAAGACUCCAGGAAGAAGAUGCUGGCCUCUGCCAGCUCUGCCAGCAAGGAGACACCAGCCCCCGGGACACAUCCUGCCUCAGGUGGCCCCGAGGAGCAGUGGCAGCGGGCCAUCCAUGAGCGAGGUGAAGCUGUGUGCCCCACCUGCAACGUGGUUACCCGGAAGACACUGGUGGGGCUCAAGAAACACAUGGAGGUGUGCCAAAAGCUGCAGGAUGCACUCAAAUGCCAGCACUGCCGGAAGCAGUUUAAGUCCAAGGCGGGCCUCAACUACCACACCAUGGCUGAGCACAGCGCGAAGCCCUCAGACGGAGAAGUCUCAGAAGGGAGUGAGCAGGAGGAGCGUGAGCGGCUGCGCAAGGUGCUGAAGCAGAUGGGGAGGCUGCGGUGUCCCCAGGAGGGCUGUGGGGCCGCCUUCUCCAGCCUCAUGGGCUACCAGUACCAUCAGCGGCGUUGCGGGAAGCCACCCUGCGAGGUGGACAGCCCCUCUUUCCCCUGCGCCCACUGUGGCAAGACCUACCGCUCCAAGGCCGGCCAUGACUACCACGUGCGCUCGGAGCACACGGCCCCGCCCCUGGUGGAGAUGGAAGACAAGGCCCCUGAGGCUGAGUACCUGCUGGGUGUUGAGCGCACCCCUAGCGGCCGUAUCCGCCGCACAUCGGCCCAGGUGGCUGUGUUCCACCUCCAGGAGAUAGCAGAAGACGAGCUAGCCCGAGACUGGACCAAGCGGCGAAUGCGGGAUGACCUGGUGCCUGAAACAGCGCGGCUCAACUACACACGUCCAGGCCUCCCCACACUCAACCCCCAGCUGCUGGAGGAAUGGAAGAGCCAAGUCAAAGACAAAGGCCAUGUGAACUGCCCCAAUGAUUGCUGUGAAGCCAUCUACUCCAGUGUGUCCGGCCUCAAGGCCCACCUUGCCAGCUGCAGCAAGGGUGACCACCUGGUGGGGAAGUAUUGCUGCCUGCUGUGCCCCAAGGAGUUCAGCUCUGAGAGUGGUGUCAAGUACCACAUCCUCAAGACCCACGCUGAGAACUGGUUCCGGACCUCCGCAGACCCCCCUCCCAAGCAUAAGGACCAGGACACGCUAGCUCCCAGGAAGGAGAAGAGGAGUCUGGCAGGUGGAAAGAAGCGGGGCCGCAAACCUAAAGAGCGCCCCCCUGAGGAGCCUGUAUCAAAGACACUCCCUUGCCGGGAGGACCGGCCCCCAGAAGGCAGGGACAAGGGGGUUUGGGUCUCCACCGGCCGGAAGGCAGGAGCCACCAGAGCACCUGAGAAAUGAAUGAGGUGGUUGGCAGAUGGGUGGGACCCAGUCCCCAUGUGGCCACCAAGUCCAGAGCUGUCCAGGGUGGGGAUAGCUAGCCCGGGGGCCCCUGCCCUGCAGCUCUCCAUUCCCAUGCUCACCCGUUCGCCUAUCUAGCAGGGUAGCCAGUCACCUCCUCCACACCCAGCCAGGGGCUCCCUGAGGGCCAGGGCAGGAGCACAUGUGCAAUAGCCUGGACACAUCCCCCUCCCCAGACAUGUGCAGGUCUGGUCCUGUCUGGUCCUGAAGGGUGGGAAGGGUCCAGCCUGGUGCGACUGGGACAGGCAGAAAAGGCAGGUGGUCCUCUGCUGUCUCUGUGUGAGCUUCAUGCCCCACCUCAUCCUCAGGCCCUGCCAGGUCCCCACCCCGCCUCCCCCAGGCUCGGGUUCUAGGUGACCGGUGGCUCUGGGCCCCUCUACCGAACACUGGAACCCCAGCCCCUCCCCCUCAGCUACCUCCCGGGACAGACCCUGUGUCUGACCAGCACAGCUGUGCUGGCCUGCAGCCCCCUCCCCCUCAGCCCUCUUCACUUGCGCUUCUGUUCUCUACCUCCAGCCCCCCCCCCCUUCCUACCCCCGGCUGGUCUGUAUCUGUCCAGCUAGUCCUCCCAUCCUGGAGCUGCUCUCUAUACAGGCAAGAAGGGCUCUUCUCCCAGGGCCGCUGUAGGAGCAGGGGCUGGGGCCAGGGCCAUAGCUUCCCUCUCUGGGAUCCAGCAGGCCAUGCCCCUGGCCUCCAGCCCUGCUGUGCCACCAGCCUCGGUGAGGGUGGCCCCAUGGGUUUGGGAAGAGCUGUUCUAGGCUGGCUGGGACCCAUAGCAGGUGGAAUGGGGAGCUGGCUAGUUAGGGCCUAGCUCGGUAACCCCUGUGGGGAGUGGUCUGCCAGCCAUAGAAUCCCCCUUCCCUUCUUCUUCUGCCCCUUUAUUUCUGGCUGUGUGGUCUAUAGGCGUGAGAGCUGAAGAUAGGGGGAAGGGGUGCUCAGCAGAGAUCUGGGGUCGGGGGGGAGGCUGGAGGCAGCUUUGGGGUUCUGUCUUAGCUAAUGAUGGGGCCCAGUUCAGUAAGGUCAGCAGUCAGUAAGAGGUGGCCUUAUGGCCUUUAGCCUUCUCCCUGGGCCCCAGCUACCAACCAGGGCAGUGCAGGGAGGAGGCCCUGCAGGCAUGGACACAGGUAUUUUCCAUAGGGGUGGGGGUGGGGGGUGGGCUAGGGGCUUGGCCUCCACCAGUCCCGGAUGAUGUGUAUUUUGAUAUUGCCUGUGUGCGUGUAUCUCCUGGGUGUAGUGGAUGCCAGUCUUGUUGCUGUGACAAGUAACAACCUUUUUUUAAAUUCUGUCUUUUAUACAAAAACUCACAACAAUUUGACAUUUUGGUGCUAAGGGUUUCUUGGUGCCAAUGGUGGGGCUGGGGGCUGGGCUGUGUUCCCUCCCCUGCUCAGGGAAGCAGUGCUGACUGGGCACCCCGCAGUCCCCCAGCUGCCGUCCUCAUCCAACCCCUGUAGAGGCUCCUUUCGGGGCUCAGCCUCCCUGCCCUGUAGAAGGGACACAGGUAUGGGUGGGUGGGGGGCCACGGAGACCACCCAACCUGUGUCCAGCUCUUCCCUUUGCCAGAAUGCUCUAGCUGGAUGGAACCUGACUUGGUGCACUAGAGAGAGGGCAUGUACAGUAGCAGAGCCCCUGACUCAAAUUCCUUGGGCUGCAUCAAAGUGGAGGCAGGGGCAGGGGUAGGGUGAGCCAGUGUCAGAGGUCAGGGGGCACAUGGGUAGGGCUUUGGGGCAGGAGGCUGUUUCUGUUUUCUAUGUGUCACUAUGUUGAACAGUGAGUAGAGGGGAGACAGAUGUGGGUGACCACUUCAGGGGCAUCUGCACAGGGGGUGGGAGCAGACAUGGGAUGGAGCCCCCUGGUGCAUGUUGUCCUUGUCACCAAAGGCUGGAGGAAGUCGACCUCCACAUCUCUGCCCUGGAGGGCGGCCACACGCCCCAGCCUCUCAGGUACUUGGCCCUUGGGGAGCAAGGGACUGGUUUUUGCUGGGGGGUGAGUUUCCUGGUCACCCAUAAGUCCACAGGUGGUCAGUGGUCCAGUGGUAUGGGAGGAGGUAGGGUCCUGGGGAACUUGAUGUUUCGCACUUUAAACUCCCAGCUUUGUCUUUAAAGUGGGUAUAGGGGCUGCUGCCCAAAGUGGCUAUCGGGUCGGACCCCAUCUCCUUUUUCCUCCCCCUCCCCCCACCACUUACCAUGCUCUGGCUGGUGAGUGGACUGUGGAACCCUCCACCAGCGGGGGCAGAGCUGUUGGCAGCUCAGCCAAGGUAGCCCACCUCCUGCUCUGUCCGAAAUGCAGCUAGUGGGGUAACUGCCUGGCCUUGAUUGACACCUUCAGUGACAAGGACCAAUGUGGUAGGCCCUGGUGUGGUGGAUUCGGACCCUACCUAAGACCCAGUCCAGGGCACAAUACCAGGCUCCUUUGUGAAGAUCUACCUCUGGCCCAGCAAACCCCCUUGUCCUGAGAACAGAAAAGGGCCAACACAAGGGACUGACUUCACACAAAAAUUAGGAUGCACUUUAUUUGCUAGUGCAAAGGCAGAUGAGGGUGUUUCCUGGUGUGACCUGUGGCCCUCCCAGCCCUAGCCCCCUCUCCUUCCAGUUUAGAAGGGAAAGAAUGGGUGACCAGAGGAGGGGAGGGCUGUCCCUGUGUAUUCCUACUAGGUGGGCCCCAGGCCACUCACCUGGAGGCCUGGGGCUCAGGGACCCCAGUCAGACAUGUGUCCUAUACUUAGGGUUUCUUGGUUUGGGUUUUUUUUUGUUGUUGUUUUAUUUGCCAGUCCUCAGUUCGUAAGUGCAUUUUGAGAGGUUCCAGCUACCACUUGUAACCAUAUAUAUAUAUACAUAUAUAUAUAUAUAUAUAUUAUAUCUACAAAGUGUUUUAUUUGUAAAAUGUUUUGACGGUGAGCUUGGGCCAUGGCCGCCUUGUGACCAUCUGUCCUCGGUCUUUGUCCCCACCCCUUCGCCAUAAGUGGCACAGGGGGUGGGCCAUCAACUGUAUGUAUUAAAAAAUGGCUGUAUCAAAUAAAUGUUUAUUGAUUUUUUUCCAGG